GAGGGAGACACGGUCGUGAUCCGGUAGGAGGAGACAAGUGCCAUCCCUUCUUCCGCGCUUUUACAACACUAAAUUGUCCACAAUGCAUACGAUGCUCCAGUGUUCAUUGUAUAAUAACGCGACAGCUUAAAAACAAUGUAUCUUUUGAUGUCUAUUUAACUCCUCGUGUUGGUCGCGAAGACAAAGGGAAGAAUCUCGGACGUAAUUCGAGCAUCUAUGCAUUGGAGUCUUGGGCCCCAACGUACCGGCUCCAGCCAUGGCGGCCAGGCAUACUGCCGCUGGCGGCGGUGACACAACGGACGGAAUAAUGAGAGAAGAUGUACUGGCUGAGGAAAACCAAAUGAACUGCGACCCUUUACCCAGCCUGAUGACUCCAUCCUCAAUGGUUGGCAUGUCUUUGAGCAUGGAGAUGCCGCGGAAGCGAAAGGGCAGUGUGGACAACCUGGAAACAAGAUUGACCACCGUUAUCAGCACUGACAUGGAAGAGGACCAAAACGACUCUGACGGAGAUGAUCAACAUGCCAAAAUGAAAUGUUUAAGAGAACCACACAGCCAAAUAGAAAAAAGAAGGCGGGACAAAAUGAACACACUAAUUGACAAGCUGUCAGACUUGAUUCCAACAUGCAACCCAAUGUCUCGGAAGCUGGACAAACUCACUGUGCUGAGAAUGGCCGUGCAGCACCUCAAAUCCCUUAGAGGUUCUGCAAGCUCUUUUUCUGACACUAACUACAAACCAUCGUUCUUGCCUGAUGAGGAGCUCCAACACCUUAUCUUGAAGGCUGCUGAUGGGUUCCUGUUUGUAGUCAGCUGUGAUCGUGGGAAAAUUGUUUUUGUCUCUGAGUCCAUCACGAAGAUAUUAAAUUAUAGUCGGGUGGAACUGAUCGGACAGAGCUUCUUUGAUUACGUGCAUCCUAAAGACAUAGGCAAACUGAAGGAGCAGCUCUCAGCCUCUGAUCUGUACCCACGGGAGCGGCUAAUAGAUGCAAAAACUGGUUUGCAGGUCCAGGCUGACCUCCCAGUCGGUGCAGCACGACUGUGUUCAGGUGCACGCCGCUCCUUCUUCUGUCGCAUGAAGUGCAACAAAAACUUUGGGAAAGUUGAGGAGAAGGAAUUGCAGGCCAGCACCUCCAAAAAGAAAGAGUCGCAGAAAUACUGUACAGUCCACUGUACAGGCUACAUGCGCAGUUGGCACUCCAGUCAGCUGGAAGCAGAGGGCGAGGGCGACGCAGAUAAACAGGAUAGCUCUCACUUCAGCUGUCUGGUCGCUGUUGGGCGCAUCCACUCCCACUCGUCUCCCCAAAUUAAUGGCGAUUUCCGAGUCAAACCCACCGAGUUCAUCACACGCUAUACCAUGGAUGGCAAGUUCACCUUUGUUGAUCAAAGAGCAACAACCAUUCUUGGUUACCUUCCCCAAGAGUUGCUUGGCACUUCAUGCUAUGAGUACUUCCAUCAAGACGACUUACCGCAUUUAGCUGACAGUCAUCGAAAAGCACUGCGAAGUAAAGAGAAAAUAGAAACCAACCACUACAAGUUUAAGACAAAAUAUGGCUCCUUUGUGACGCUACAAAGUCAGUGGUAUAGUUUUGUGAACCCAUGGACCAAAGAAGUUGAAUAUAUUGUGUCAACAAAUACAGUCAUAUCGCAUGAUCACAGUCGAACAAGUCGGGCAGGGAACAAGACUGAACAGUCAUCUAAAGCUAAAGGAGAGGAUGUAAGGAAAUCUAAGGAAAUGCCAACUAUACCAGGCAUCUCAACAACACCCGGUACAAUGAUAUAUGCUGGAACCAUUGGGACUCAGAUUGCCAAUGAGCUGCUUGACUUUAACAGAAUGAACUCAUCACCCUCCAGUGGUAACGGAAGCCCAUUUAGUCUGACACAGGAUAAAUCUCCUCUCACAACUACUCAAAACCAAGCCAACAAGAACGUGCCAAACGGGGACGCCACAGACAUGGAGAUCCCCGAAAAGUCCAACUCAGAAGAAGACGCCCAAGGAGCUCUAUUUCCUGGAGGGGAAACACUAAUGGGGGACAACUCACAGAUAGACCUGGACAGCGUGGUUGCACCGGGCCUUGGGAGUCUUAGCAGUGACGAAGCAGCUAUGGCAGUGAUCAUGAGACUCCUGGAGACAGACUCCAACCUGGGUGAUGGCGAGGACUUUGAAGAGAUGCACUGGUCCUUAUAGAAUUCAGAAGUUGAAAUGCGAGACGGUGACAGAAAUGCUCUGUCAGGUUCUGAAUUCUAUUAUAAGCUGUCUGAACGACUCUUUUUAACCGGCAACUGUGUCGCCAUUGAUAAGGAACACCGGCUUUUCUCUGGAGGAUAUACAUGUGCCUCCAAAGCCUUACUGCAAUCUGCCUGCCAUGGAGAAUGAUCAUUGACUGGGUCAUCAUCAGUGACAACUCACACACUCGGCAAAUGCAUUAUGUCUAAAGGACAUUGUCGAAACAAACAGUGAGGGAGUCCUGAUUAUGGUUUACACCUACACUUGAAUACAGGAUGGGAGUGAUGCAAAAAAACCGCACUGAAUUUAUUAUUAUUUUUUUUUCUAAUGAACCUUGUUAAAAAUGGAGCGAUGCUACUCCAAUGUUUGUGAAGCUCGUCCUUCCUACUUUUGCCUCAGAGCAGAAGUUUUUGUCACCGUUAUAACUCCCUGUGAGUUUGUGAUCAUUGCAGUACCCACGUGCAAUUCAUAAUAGUGCUUAAAUAGACAUUAAGACACACUGACUCAGCAAUCACCUCAUAUCUGUCUUAUUAAAGCUACGAUAUAGUUUAUUUUUUGAGUGCGAUAGUAUAAGAGGUGAAUACUCAGGACUGGUGGGGAAAAAAGCCACCCACUUUUAACAUACAAUAUAUUCACAAAGUUCUUAGCAGCUGUAGUAGUAUUUACCAUUGACAUUAUUCCCAUACAUACUGUACUUAAACUUGAAAUAUGUAACCGUUUUGUUCACAUAUGCAACUGUGUUUUAUACUUGUGGUCUGCUUUAUAAUCAGCAGCGUUUAGGUUUUUAUUCAUGUUAUAUCAGUGGCAGUCAUCUAUUCAGAGGUUUAAGGGACGAUAUGUAGUCAUCAUGCAUUCCAUAAAUGUUUCAAGAAUGGCCCGUUUUCCUGUGACGAUACAGAUGAAUUUCUCUUGCUGUACUGUGAUCUGACAUGAAUGAGUUCUUCAGUUGGAGUUACCUCAUGUUGUUGAGUCCACGGUUGACAUUGCACACGACACACUACACGUGAAUGGCUUAUGUGGGACAUUGGGGACUUAUGUCUCACUGUACUGCACUGUUGAACAAGAUGGUUUUACAUGUGUUUGAAGUUGCCUCAAAUUACAACACACUAAAGCGUACGCACUAUUGUGGCAAAAGUAUAGGUGGACACCUGGCCAUUACAUAUACAGUACAAGGAGUAGGUCAACUCCUUUGCAGCUAUAACACGUUGAACUACUCUGGGAAAGCUUUCUAGGUGAUUUUGGAGACUAUGAUGUUGGACACGAGAGAGGCCCUGCUUGCUCACAAUACUGUGUUUUAUCACAAUUGCAUUUAAAGGCCAGGGCUCAUACUUCCACUCACCCAAGUAUGCUUUUAUGGACCUUGCUGUGUACACUGGGGCAAUUGUGCGGAAACAGAAUGGUGUCCACAUGUGCACCAUGAUGUUGGAAUUAAUUACUUAGAUUAAGGUGAAACUGACAGGUCCAAUCCUUCCUCUUUUGAUAGAGUGGCAUGUUUCAAUCCUUUUCAACACUUUUUGUCUCUUUCUUUGGUUGCAUUUCAACAUGUGAAAUGUAUCGUUGAUCAUCAUCGAGCAUUUUGUGGACGUGUGUGCAGAUGAAGGCCUUUUGUGUUUCAGUGCAUAGUGAAGGAUGAGAUACCGUAAGUUAAAAUACACACAUGCUGUUUGUAUACUUUGCAGUCACUGAAACUGACACGGCCAAAGACUGAGUACCAGCCAAGCUAUAUAUUGUAAAUCCAUGUCUCCAUGCUGUCAUUGUACACCCUGGAAUCCUUUUGGGACUGUUGAAAGUUUUAUCAUUACAGCUAUUUGUGAUUUGUGACGACUAAUAUGUCUCUUGUCCUAUGCUUGAUAUUACGAAGGGUCCACAGAUAGCGGAUCUUUACUCAUGGACGCUCCUGCUUUUGUCCAAAGUGCCUUUGGACAUUUCCACUUUGAUAUGCAAUAAGCCAGUUGAUAUUUUAUUUUCCUGCGUGACACCUCAGCUGACUGAAAGUAGGGCAACUUGAAUGAUGUUCAAAUGCAUCUCUGCAUUGGACUUCUUGACACGCAUGUUUUGCCAGUCAUGAUUUAAAUAAAGCAGGCGCUGUGAUCUCUCAUUCUGUAUUCAGUACCUGACCAAAUUUCCAGAGCUAGGCAGAUUUUUUUGUUCGGCGCAAGCGAGUUAAUUAGACACGUUCAUGUCCGUUCCUCCAAUUCAAUCUUUGCAAUAUUGUACAGCUACAUUUUCCCAUUAUUGUCAACCUUGCAGGAAAGGUUCAUGUUUUACCUCUUACUCUGUUGAAGUGACACCAUAGAUUUGGUUUGCUCGGUAUCAUGUUUUGAUUUUAUAUCUGUUGUCUUUCCAGUUGCAUGGCUCUUUUAAUGAUGUCAUGAUUGACUGGUUCAUGUUAGCAUUUACACAACUGACUGCCCCUGGGCAUGAACUUUGAGCUUGAAUUUGAAACUUGUAAAACAUGGUACUGUUAUCAGCCACGUCCUGCUACUCCGAGUUUAUUUACUCUUUCAUGUUUGGCUCGAGAGGAAGCCUUUACUAUAUUUGUCUAUGGCAUAUUCCUCCUACAAUUAACAACUGUGGCAUCUUUUACCAGGUCAUUUUGUGAAUAAAUGUUAAUUUACUAAA